UAUGCCAAUUUAUUUAUGUGGCACCAUUUUUUAAUCUGUUAAAAGAAAUGCCAUGUAGCUUUCAACUCCUUGCCAAAUCUAUUGGUGCCUCGUAAAUUAGACAGAGCAAGUAGUAAAUUACUAACUACGUCUCUCAUCUAAAGCCGAGAGUACAACCUCAGGAAGCAACUCAAUUGCAGGCCAUUUCCAGAUCGAAUCACGAUUUUCGAGUAAAAUUUGCCGGAAUCGGUGGAUAGGCGGCAUUCAUAAUUGCCUCUUGAACUUACCUUGACGGAUUGGUUCCCUCGAAAUUGAUCAUAAUUAUAUAAAUCAGGUUGCAGUUUGCUUUGACUCUCAUCUUACUGCAACAAUGAUAGCACAAAAAGCUUCAAUUUCUACUUCUCCGUGCGAUUUUCACAAGAACAAAAAUGGCCCAUUUUUAGGUUUAUAGUCUGAUUUUUGAGUAUUAGUUAUCAAAACUCAGUAAAAACACAAGAGUUUUAUGCAGGAGGGAGGAUAUCUUUGGUUUUCUGCUGGUAUACCAAACCACUAUUUACUGUUCACACUGCAUCAUUUGAUUGGGAGAAAUCUUCUUAUUUUUUAUCCUGCAAUUUGGAGGAAUGUCAAAAGUUAGAGACAGAACGGAAGAUUUUAAAGAUGUUGCACAUCGAUCAGCAUUGUCUUUGGGAUAUGAUGAGUCUAAAACAGCUGCCUUAUUGGCAUCUUUUAUCAUGCAUAAACCUCGGCAAAGGUCAGGAUUCACCAAAGCUGCGCUUAAAACGCCGAGGGUCUUUCGGAAACAGCCGUCCUACCUUGGUAGGAGUAAGCUAGAGAGCAUUGGGACUCUGGAGCAAUUUUUGAUGAAACACAAGAAGGAUUAUGUUGAUUUGCACCGUACAACUGAACAAGAGAGGGAUAGCAUUGAGCAUGAAGUUACUAUUUUUGUAAAAUCAUGCAAAGAGCAGAUAGAUGUUCUCAGAAAUAGUAUAAAUGAGGAAGAUGCAAAUUCAAAGGGAUGGCUAGGACUCAAGGGUGACAAUUUGAAUGCUGAUACUAUAGCACACAAGCAUGGAGUGGUUUUAAUUUUAAGUGAAAAGCUUCACUCUGUCACAUCACAGUUUGACCAGUUGCGGGCAAUACGCUUUCAAGAUGCUAUUAACCGAGUGACACCUAGAAGGAAACGUAAGAACACUACCAAAUCAAAUGCUGCAGAGACCUCUGAAAGUAAUUUGGAUCCCGACAUGAAAAGGGACUCUGAGGUCAGGGACCCUGAUGUAUCACAAGCAGCGCCUCUAAGAGUCCAAGAACAACUUUUGGACAAUGAAACACGUGCCCUACAGGUAGAGCUGAACAGUCUCCUGGAUUCUGUUCAAGAAACAGAAACGAAGAUGGUGGAAAUGUCUGCGUUGAACCAUCUUAUGUCUACUCAUGUUUUGCAACAGGCCCAACAGAUAGAGCUUUUAUAUGAUCAGGCAGUUGAAGCUACCCAAAAUGUGGAACUUGGUAACAAAGAACUGUCACAAGCCAUUCAACGGAACAGCAGUAGCAGAACUUUUCUUUUGCUCUUUCUGUUUGUACUUACAUUUUCAAUCCUCUUCCUAGAUUGGUACAGUUAAUUAUAGGAUUUUUGUGCUAUUUUUUGUCUUACAAGUAAUCAGAGUAUAGAGCGUAUAUUGUCAACUAAAGUUCCAUAGAAAUUUGGAGGCAGUUAUCUGUCGUUCUUACUCUGCUUUAAAGCCAUUCUGCUUUUAUUUUGUAUCGCUAUUAUUUUUACUUGCCUAUACAGGCACUAUUGAACUGUUGGCCUUCUUGCUGGGAGAUACUAACUAGGCCUGUCAAUAGCGUGGAGAUGUUCAUCCGUCGUUUUGACUCAAUUGUAUCCCUAAACUUUUGAUUA